GACCACAGUUUGAGCCCCGGCCUGCAGCGGACAGCAGGAGGCGCUGCUCCGGCGCUGCGGCCGCCUGCAGGCUGCAGAGCUGUUUCCUGAAACGCAUACUUCAGGAUUAGGAAGAACACACCCAGUGACAUCAGUGAGGUUUGAAGAAGAAGAAAAAAAGUCUCAACUCAAACUGUGCAGAGGAGGAACAACAGGGCCGAAAGGUCCUUCCCGGGUUUCUGUCCGCGUUUUUUUUAAUCUCUCCGUAAAAAGUUUGGAGACCAAAGUGUCCAAAACUGUGCGUAAAGUUUUAACUGCAGCGAAUCGCGGAGCGCACAGAGUCGCGUUUCUCUACAGAGGAGGAUGUCAACUUCUGACGAGACAGACGGGCUCCGGCCGAGAUAUGGCUCCGUGCUGGAUGGCGUGGAGCGGCUCACGGCAGAGGAGAUGGACGAGCAGCGGCAGCAGAACAUGGCCUACGAGUACCUGUGUCACCUGGAGGAGGCCAAAAGAUGGAUGGAGGCGUGUCUGGAUGAGGAGUUGCCUCCCACCACAGAGCUGGAGGAGGGGCUGAGGAACGGCGUCUAUCUGGCCAAACUGGGCAACUUCUUCGCCCCCAAAACUGUCUCGCUCAAGAAGAUCUAUGACCGCGAGCAGACGCGCUACAAGGCGACCGGUCUCCAUUUCAGACACACAGACAACGUCAUCCAGUGGCUCAACGCCAUGUCAGAGAAGGGACUGCCCAAGAUCUUCUACCCUGAAACCACAGACAUCUACGACAGAAAGAACAUGCCACGCUGCAUCUACUGUAUACACGCACUCAGCCUGUACCUGUUCAAGCUGGGCCUGGCCCCGCAGAUCCAGGAUCUGUAUGGAAAAGUAGACUUUACUGAGGAGGAGAUCAACAACAUGAAGAGCGAGCUGGAGAAGUAUGGGAUCCAGAUGCCCGCCUUCAGCAAGAUUGGCGGAAUCCUGGCCAAUGAGCUCUCAGUGGACGAAGCUGCAUUGCAUGCUGCUGUGAUCGCCAUCAACGAGGCCAUCGACCACGGCGUCCCAGAGGGCACCAUUGCUGCGAUGCAGAACCCCAACGCCAUGCUGGUCAACCUGGACCUCAACGGGGCUCGCCAGUACCACGACACACUGUACCAGGCCAAAGGGGAGAAGGUGGCCAGCUCACGCAAACGGCAAAUGGAGAACGCCGACGCAGAGAGAGACAUCUACGACGAGCUCCUGACCCAGGCUGAGAUCCAGGGCAACGUGAACAAGGUCAACGUGAGCAACGCCCUGAGUGCAGCGGAGCAGGCGCUGCUGAAUGGCGAUGAGGAUAAACUGUACGAGGCGCUGAAGGCCAUGGGCAUCAAGAACCUGCAGGCCCAGAACAAAGGCUGGUACCUCAAACAGCUGCAGGCGGACCGAGAGAAUAAAGACCAGACGAACCCAGGAGAAGCUCUGACGAAGGACGAGCUGCAGGGCGGCGUCGAUGUGGCCAAUGAGAUCGCAGACGGCUACCUAAAGAUGUUGAAGGCAGUGGAACGCAUCAACGGCGCCAUCAGGGCGGGCGUGCCGGAGAAGACGGUGGCCGAGCUGAUGAACCCCGACGCUCAGCUGCCUGAAGUCUACCCCAGCGCUGCAGACCUGUACCAGAGAGAGCUAGCCAGCCUCCAGCAGCAGAGCCCAGAGGGCACGCUGUCCCACCCUGAGCUGCUGGUUGCCGUGGAGAUGCUGUCCUCGGUGGUGCUGAUGAACGAGGCGAUGGACGUCGGAGACCGAGCGGCUCUCUGGAAGCAGCUGUCCAGCCCCGUCACCGGGCUCAGCAACGUGGAGGGGGAGUACUCUCAGAGGUACAUGGAUGAACUGAUGCGUCUGAAGGCAGCAGCUAGAGAGGAAGGCUCCGACUAUCUGACCUGGAAUGACAUUCAGGCUUCUAUCGACCAGGUUAACCUGACUGUGCAGGAGGAGCACGAGCGUAUCGCAGCCAUCGGGCAGAUCAACGAGGCCCUGGAUGAAGGGGACCCCAUGAAGACCCUGGCCAUGCUGCAGAACCCGUCAGCUAAGCUGACCGACGUGGACCCGUCUGUGGCUCAGCACUACCACGACAAACUGCUUGAGGCCCGCAGGGAGAAGGCUCACGAGACCCAGGACCCGUCUGCUGUGCUGUGGCUGGAUGAGAUCCAGGACGCCAUCCUGAAGGCGAACCAGGACACACAGGAGGCCCUACAGUUCUCGCAGUCCAUCCAGGCGAUCAAUGAGGCGGUGGACAGCGGCGAUCCGGCUCAGACCCUCGCCGCUCUGCGUAACACCGGGGCCGGACUCUAUGGGGUCACCUCCGAGUGCGCCCAGACCUACCAGGACGACCUGUCCAAGAUCAGAGACGAGAAAAAGAAAGAAGGUGAUAACGGCAGUGACUGGGUGAAACACUGGGUCAAAGGAGGACACAACUACUUCUAUAAUCUGAACACAAAAGAGGGCACCUGGGUGGAGCCGGAGAACUUCCAGCAGAACAACACUCAGCUCAACAAGGAGGACAUCCAGUCGGUGGUGUCCGGGGUGACCACAGCCUACAACCGGGAGCAGCUGUGGCUCGCCAACGAGUCUCUGAUAGCCAAGCUGCAGGCUCGCUGCCGCGGUUACUUGGCGAGGAAACACCUGAAGGAGAGGAUGAGCUUCCUGAAAUCCCAGGACCCAGCUGUGACAUGCAUACAGGCUCACUGGAAAGGACACAAACAGAGGAAGAAGUUCAAAGACCGUAAGCAGUUCCUGAAAGACCACAGUGACGAGGCAGUCAAGAUCCAGUCCAUGGUCCGGAUGCACCAGGCUCGUAAGAAGUACAAGGAUCGUCUGAAGUACUUCCAAGACCACAUCAAAGAUGUGGUGAAGAUUCAGGCUUUCAUUAGAGCCAACAAGGCCAGAGACGACUACAAGACGCUGAUCAGCGCUGAAGAUCCUCCGAUGGCCGUGGUGAGGAAGUUCGUCCACCUGCUGGACCACAGCGACCAGGACUUCCAGGAGGAGCUGGAGCUGAUGCGGCUCCGCGAGGAGGUGAUCACCAACAUCCGCUCCAACCAGCAGCUGGAGAACGACCUCAACCUGAUGGACAUCAAGAUCGGCCUGCUGGUGAAGAACAAGAUCACGCUGCAGGAGGUCGUGUCCCACAGCAAGAAGCUGACCAAGAAGAACAAGGGUCAGCUGUCCAACAUGAUGAUGAUGAACAAGCAGCGGGGUGGCCUGAAGGCCCUGAGCAAGGAGAAGAGGAUCAAACUGGAAGCCUACCAGUUCCUCUUCUACCUGUUACAGACCAACCCCACGUAUCUCGCCAAGCUGAUCUUCCAGAUGCCGCAGAAUAAAUCCACCAAGUUCAUGGACUCUGUGAUCUUCACCCUGUAUAACUACGCCUCCAACCAGAGAGAGGAGUACCUGCUGGCCAAGCUCUUCAAAACCGCCCUGCAGGAGGAGAUCAAGUCUAAAGUGGACCAGAUGAAGGAGAUUGUGACAGGGAACCCGACCGUCAUAAAGAUGGUGGUGAGUUUCCACAGAGGAGCGAGAGGACAGAACGCGCUGCGGCAGAUCCUCGCUCCGGUCGUCAAGGAGAUCAUGGAUGACAAAACGCUAAACAUCAAGACUGACCCAGUUGACAUCUACAAGAGCUGGGUGAACCAGAUGGAGACGCAGACCGGAGAGGCCAGUAAGCUGCCCUAUGACGUGACUCCAGAGCAGGCGAUGGCCCACGAGGAGGUGAGGACGAGACUGGAAGCUUCCAUCAAGAACAUGAAGACCAUCACAGACAAGUUCCUGUCUGCCAUCAUCGUCUCGGUGGAUAAAAUCCCGUACGGGAUGCGUUUCAUCUCCAAGGUGCUGAAGGACACUCUGCACGAGAAGUUCCCAGACGCUACAGAGGACGAGCUGCUCAAGAUCGUGGGGAACCUCUUGUAUUACCGCUACAUGAACCCGGCCAUUGUGGCGCCUGAUGCCUUCGACAUCAUUGAGGUGUCGGCGGGCGGCCAGCUGACCACGGAGCAGCGGAGGAACCUGGGUUCUGUCGCCAAGAUGCUGCAGCACGCCGCCUCCAACAAGAUGUUCCUGGGAGACAACGCUCAUCUCAACCCCAUCAACGAAUAUCUCAGCGCCUCCUACCAGAAGUUCAGGCGUUUCUUCCUGGCAGCGUGUGACGUUCCCUCACUGGAAGAUAAGUUCAACGUGGAUCAGUACUCUGACCUGGUCACCGUUACCAAACCCGUCAUCUACAUCUCCAUCGGAGAGAUAGUCAACACUCACACGCUGCUGCUGGACCACCAGGAUGCCAUCGCUCCGGAGCACAAUGACCCCAUCCACGAGCUGCUGGAGGACCUGGGCGAGGUUCCCACUGUAGAGUCCCUCAUCGGUGAAAACCCUCUCCCUCCUGACGACCCCAACAAAGAGCUGAUGGGGAAGACCGAGGUGUCACUCACACUCACUAACAAGUUUGACGUGGCCGGGGAGGCCAACACUGAGAUGGACGCCCGGACCCUCCUGCUCAACACCAAGAGGCUGAUUGUGGAUGUGAUCAGGUUCCAGCCUGGAGAGACUCUGACUGAGAUCCUGGACUCAAACGCUGGCACAGAACAGGAGGCAGAGUACCAGCGUGCGAUGCAGCGGCGGGCCAUCAGAGACGCCAAAACUCCAGAGAAGAUGAAGCAGGUGAAGCCGGUAGUGGACGACAGCCUGACGCUGCAGGGCAAGAAGGACAAGAUCAAGAGCAACCUGCAGCGGCUGGCAGAGCUGGGCAAGGUCCACCCCGAGAACCGCUACCAGGACCUCAUCAACGACAUCGCCAAGGACAUCAGGAAUCAGAGGCGGUAUCGUCAGCGCAGGAAAGCGGAGCUGGUGAGGCUGCAGCAGACCAACACCGCCCUGAACUCAAAGACCAACUUUUUCAAUGUUCAGAUUGAUUCUUACAAUCAGUACAUCAAGACAUGCAUGGACAACCUGGCCAGCAAGGGCAAGGUGUCAAAGAAACCUGGAGACAGCAAGGCCAAGAAGAGUAAACAGGUUUCACAGAAGUACACGGCGUCUCGGCUGCAUGAGAAGGGCGUUCUGAUCUCCAUCGAGGAUCUGCAACCCAACCAAUUCAAGAAUGCGAUUUUUGAGAUCGCUCCUUCUGAGACGGUGGGAGUGUUUGAGGUGAAGGCCAAGUUCAUGGGCGUGCACCUGGACACAGUACAGUUAGAAUAUCAGGAUCUCCUCCAGCUGCAGUAUGAAGGUGUGGCGGUGAUGAAGCUCUUCGACAAAGCCACCAUCAAUGUCAACCUGCUCAUUUUCCUGCUCAACAAGAAAUUCUACGGGAAAUAGAAAAGAAAGAAGAAGAGAGGAUAAAAGGGCUACAGACACUGAUUCAAACCACAGAACCCGCUGUGACCUGAACCACCCGCAGCUCUCCACAACAUUCCCCGCUGCACUUCUCUUUGUGCCUGUGCAUUAUUUUUUAUUAUGUGGAUCACCGUAUGUGCUUUAACGGAGGCGGCUCGCUACAGACGCUUGCUGGAGUCUUUUUCUUCCUGUCUCUGUUGUCUGUAACUGCAGUUAGGUCAGAGGUUUAAGAUUUGUAUGUUUUGCUUUAAUUAUUAUGAAUAUCUUGUGCAUGGGCCUUGAUUAUAAUUAUAAAAAGUGUAUGUUUUAUGUAAAGAGAUCACGUUUUGUGUCUUUCUUAGCUGUUAGUUCUCCACUCAGCUGACUGAUAAACAUCUCCAGAGAGCUGCAGAAUAUGACCUGACCUGGUCCUGACCUCCCAGGCUCCUCUGGGCCUUUUUAUCAUGUUUGCUUUUUUCAUUUCAAUUCGUCUCAAGCAGCAACAGAACAUCAAAGAGUUUUGCGGGGAAAAAACAAGAUCCACUCCUCUUUCUGGGACAUGUUUCACUUUGAAAACUCUGUAGUUAGUUUUAUUAGAGGAGAUUUCACACAUGCUCUCUCUUGACUCUCUGUGUGGUUGUGUGUCUCUUAAAUGACCCGACACUGGAGUCCUUAAGGUGAUACCGUUUGGAAUAGCGUGCUGAUUGUUAAUUUGUUUCCUACUUAAAUAGAUACCGACACCAAUCACGCAUAAAUGCAUAAAAUGCAACCACAAUCACUCCUCCACUGCCAGAGGAUUUUUACACAAAUACAUUUUUGAAAGAGUUCAAUUUAUUAAUAUAUUUAUAAAGUAACUGCACAAAGCUGCGCAAUGAUGUAUUAUUUAGACAGUGUCAUUUAAAACAUCAAAACAAAUAUGAAAUGUAGGAAUGUCCUUGGACGAUUUUUUUUUUCGACAGAUCUGUAAAACUGAGUUUCUCCACAAAGAAUCGUGCAAAAGCAGCACUUUAAAUCUAGCAUUUACCAAAAAUAUGCUUAUAAGUUUAUCAUAAACAAGUCCUUUAGCAAAAUAAACAUGAAAAAUGAUUUAUUGACUAAAGAAAUGUCAAAAAUAUGAUUAAUUAGUUGGUUUAAUUAACCGAUCUGUAAAACAGAGUUUCUCCACAAAAAAUUGUGCAAAAAAAUCACUUGAAAUUUUGUGUUUAAUGAAGUUGAGCUCAUAAGUUUCUUGGGAAAAAGUCAUUUGCAUGAAAAAAGCAUAAUAAACACAGACAUUUUAGUCAACUAAGACCAAAAUGAAAAUUAAGUUGACAAAGACUAAGAGCAACUUGGCUGCAAGAAAGAAAACUAUAUACGAAAAAUUGCAGUUUCUUUCUUGAUCUGUAUGCAAAGAAAGUUGAAUGCAUUUCAAUAUUAGCUGUUACUGGGUUCAAUUGAUUUGGAUUUCAACCAAUUUAACUCAACCUUUAAAACGCAUUCACACUAAUAUCCUGUCAUCUAUGCUAAAAGAAAGUCCUAUCUGAUGAUCAGAUUUGACAAGAAAUGUGCACGCUCAUGCUAAGCUGUUAAACUCCAAACCUGAUGUUUUAUAUUAACUUCUAAUCUGUUGCAUGUCAGAUUCACAUCACUGUGCUCAUGUCCGGUGUGCUGGCGCUGAUCUGGCUCCGGACUCUUUCCUGUCUGUCCUGAUGAGUGCGGAUGUUGGUUUGUUUUGGCCUGAGCCGGUCUGACCUGCAGUGUUUCUGAGUCUCAGCAGCAGGACGUGACGUGGCGCUUCUGCACUCAGCAGAUGUGCUCAAUCAUUGGCUUUCUCAGCUCACUUACUGGAAAUGUUUUUUUUUUAUCUCUCCUGUUCUGGGCUGUUCCUUUUCUAUAACUGAAACACAGAUUAUUGUUACAUUACAGAAUCACUUCAGGAAACAGCAUCUGUAAAACAAGAGAAGUGUGAGGUGGUAAUGUUGAAUACAGAGAAUUUUUUUUUAUCGUGUAUUGUUGCAAAUAAUUUGACAAAGUUUCCCUUAUUUAUAUUUUAUAUGUUGAAACAGAUCAUGUAAGUGAGAAAGGAUGUUACAGUAACUAGACGUGUGGCUCCAGUAGAUGUCACUCUACACCAUCCAGAUUUAUUUUACUGUAUCAGACCUAUUUUAAUCGAGAUUCCAUAAAACUAGAAGUUGAUUUUCUGUCUCGUGAGCAGAGGUCGACUCUGUUGAGGAAACAGUCCAUUAAAUGUAUUUGACCUGUUUUAGAAUAAAGCUCUACAGAUGCAACGUG